GUACUUUACGUCGCAGCGUGCGAGCAGACGGAGGAAACACGCGACUGGGGGUUCGGGUUCUGUGCGACACACGUGUUGACAACAGGAACGAUGGAAGAGGGAAUGUUACAGUUCCAUGAAAUGGGCAUAGAUGACCGUCUUUUAAAGGCCAUCGCAGACCUGGGCUGGGCUCAGCCGACCCUGAUCCAGGAGAAGGCCAUUCCUCUGGCUCUGGAGGGGAAGGACAUUCUGGCUCGGGCUCGGACUGGAUCCGGUAAAACGGCCGCUUAUGCCGUGCCCGUCAUUCAGCACAUCCUCGCCUCCAAACAGAGCGUCCGUGAGCAGGAUGUGAGGGCGGUGAUCCUGGUGCCCACCAAGGAACUAGGUCAGCAGGUACACGCUAUGCUGGACCAGCUGACCCGGUACUGUGCCAGGGAUGUCAGAGUGGUUGACAUCUCCGGAAAGGCUGACAUAUCUGCCCAGCGGCCCAUACUGAUGGAGAAGCCCGAUGUGGUGGUGGGUACGCCGUCCCGCGUGCUGAUCCACCUCACUGCUCAGAACCUGGCGCUGCAGAGCCUGGAGGUCCUGGUGGUGGACGAGGCCGACCUGCUCUUCUCCUUCGGCUUCGAGGCCGACGUCAAGAACCUGCUGUGCCAUUUACCGAAGAUUUACCAGUCAUUCCUGAUGUCUGCGACCCUCUCGACGGAAGUCCAGUCCCUUAAAGAGAUGAUCCUGCACAAUCCCGUGAUCCUGAAGCUGGAGGGCUCCCAGCUGCCCGCCAGCUGCCAGCUGCAGCAGUACAGCAUCCAGUGUGAGGAGGAGGACAAGUUCCUGCUGGUGUACACGCUGCUGAAGCUGCGGCUGGUCCGCGGGAAGACCCUGCUCUUCGUGGACUCCAUCGAGCGCUGCUACCGCCUCAAGCUGUUCCUGGAGCAGGUGGGCGUGCCCGCCUGCGUGCUCAACUCCGAGCUGCCCAUCCACUCCCGGUGUCACAUCAUCUCACAGUUCAACCAAGGCUUCUACGACUAUAUCAUCGCCUCGGACGAACAUACGCUGUCGGCGCCGAAGACGCCCUUACCAGCCGGCGGUUCGAAGACGGAGAAGGGAGGGAAGAAGCAACCGAAAACAAAAGGGACAAAGGAUAAGGAGUACGGCGUCUCGCGAGGAGUGGACUUCCAGAACGUCUCCAACGUCAUUAACUUUGACUUCCCCAAGUCUGUGGACUCCUACAUACAUCGGGUUGGGAGAACGGCACGGGCGAACAACCAAGGCACCGCUCUCUCCUUCAUCUCCGCCACAGAGAUGCCGACGCACGACGACGUGAAAAAGUCCCUCGUACAAGAAAACGGUGAAUGCAUGCUGAACCCCUACGAGUUCAAGAUGGAGCAGAUCGAGGGGUUCCGGUACAGGUGUAGGGAUGCCAUGCGCUCGGUGACCAAGCAGGGGGUGAAGGAGGCCAGGCUGAGGGAGAUCAAGCAGGAGCUGCUCAACUCUGAGAAACUAAAGACCUACUUUGAAGACAACCCCAGGGAUCUGCAGCUGCUGAGACACGAUAAAGACCUGUACCCUGCCGUGGUGAAACCACACAUGAAGAACAUCCCAGACUACCUUGUGCCUGAGGUGCUGCGGGGGAUGAUAGACCCGUUGUCCGAGAAGAGGAGGAGGAGGAUCAGGGUUCUUGGCCUCGCCAAGCCCACUUUCAAGAAAAGCAACAGGGCAAACAACCCUCUGAAGAGUUUCCGCAGUUCGGGACAAGGUGGAAAAGCCCACAAACCCAAACCCAAGGGGAAGGCCAAGCCCUCCACCUAACCGGGACACACAUCAGACACAUGGGCCGCUUGCAUUGGACCUCUGGUAUUUGACUAUGAAACGACCAUGU